CCUCACUCUCCUUCCCCUCUCGGACCCCGGCCCUGCAGCAGGGCCUGUCGGGAGUUGUAGUCCCAAGGCUGCGGCCGCGCGCGGCGGCGAAGAUGCGGGGCGCCGCCUGUCCCCGCCUCCCCCUAACCUGCUAGCGCGAGGUGGGGGAGCACUGGGGAGGAGACGUCGGGUCGGUGAUUGGCCCAGACCGCCUCCAGCCCCCACCCACGUCCCCUCCCCAGCCCGCGGCUUCCGACUCCAGCGCCCCGCGCGCCAAGGCGGCGAUCGAGCGAGCGCGCGUGCUGCCGCCGCCGCCCCGAGCACCCGCAGCUCCUGCGCCGCGUCAAGACCGAGGAGAGACGGACCGACCGACGGACCCUCGCAGCCGCAGCAUCCCGGAGGAUUUUUUGAAGUAGGCUUCAUACCCAGCGUGAAGCCCAAGGUGGGGCGUGAACUGGCGACCCUGAGAUCAAGACCUGAGCUGAGAUCAAGAGUUGGAUGCUUAACCCACUGAGCCACUCAGGAACAUGCUUGCCAAUUCAGGCAGCGUGAGGAUUCUCAUCAAGGGAGGCAAGGUGGUGAACGAUGACUGCACCCACGAGGCUGACGUCUACAUUGAGAAUGGCAUCAUCCAGCAGGUGGGCCGUGAGCUCAUGAUCCCCGGAGGGGCCAAGGUGAUCGAUGCCACUGGGAAGUUGGUGAUCCCUGGAGGCAUUGACACCAGCACCCACUUCCAUCAGACCUUCAUGAACGCUACAUGCGUGGACGACUUCUACCACGGGACCAAGGCGGCACUAGUCGGAGGCACCACCAUGGUCAUCGGCCACGUCCUGCCUGACAAGGAGACCUCCCUCGUGGAAGCCUAUGAGAAGUGUCGGGGUCUGGCCGACCCCAAGGUCUGCUGUGACUAUGCCCUGCAUGUGGGGAUCACCUGGUGGGCACCCAAGGUGAAAGCAGAAAUGGAGACGCUGGUAAGGGAGAAGGGUGUCAACUCCUUCCAGAUGUUCAUGACCUACAAAGACUUGUAUAUGCUUCGGGACAGUGAGCUCUAUCAAGUGUUGCACGCUUGCAAGGACAUUGGAGCGAUCCCCCGAGUCCAUGCUGAGAAUGGGGAGCUCGUGGCUGAGGGUGCUAAGGAGGCGCUAGAUUUGGGAAUCACGGGCCCAGAAGGAAUCGAGAUCAGCCGCCCAGAGGAGCUGGAGGCUGAAGCCACUCACCGAGUUAUCACCAUUGCAAACAGGACUCACUGUCCAAUAUACCUGGUCAACGUGUCCAGCAUCUCGGCCGGUGACGUUAUCGCAGCUGCUAAGAUGCAAGGGAAGGUUGUGCUGGCCGAGACCACCACCGCCCAUGCCACUCUGACAGGCUUACACUACUACCACCAGGACUGGUCCCACGCGGCCGCCUACGUCACAGUGCCUCCGCUGAGACUGGACACGAACACCUCCACCUACCUCAUGAGCCUGCUGGCCAAUGAUACUCUGAACAUUGUGGCAUCAGAUCACCGGCCUUUCACCACGAAGCAGAAAGCUAUGGGCAAGGAGGACUUCACCAAGAUCCCGCAUGGAGUGAGCGGUGUCCAGGACCGCAUGAGCGUCAUCUGGGAGAGAGGAGUGGUUGGAGGAAAGAUGGACGAGAACCGUUUUGUGGCCGUUACCAGUUCCAACGCGGCGAAGAUUCUCAACCUGUAUCCCCGCAAGGGCCGCAUCAUCCCUGGGGCCGAUGCCGACGUGGUGGUGUGGGAUCCGGAAGCCACAAAGACCAUCUCAGCCAGCACCCAGGUGCAGGGAGGAGACUUCAACCUGUACGAGAACAUGCGCUGCCACGGCGUACCGCUGGUCACCAUCAGCCGGGGACGAGUCGUGUAUGAGAACGGUGUCUUCAUGUGCGCUGAGGGCACUGGCAAGUUCUAUCCCCUGAGGUCCUUCCCAGACACUGUCUACAAGAAGCUGGUCCAGAGAGAAAAGACCUUAAAGGUUAGAGGAGUGGACCGUACUCCCUACCUGGGGGACGUAGCUAUCGUUGUGCAUCCCGGGAAAAAAGAGAUGGGAACGCCACUCGCAGACACUCCUACUCGGCCCGUUACCCGACACGGGGGCAUGAGGGACCUUCACGAGUCCAGCUUCAGCCUCUCUGGUUCUCAAAUCGAUGACCAUGUUCCAAAGCGAGCUUCGGCUCGGAUCCUCGCUCCCCCCGGAGGCAGGUCAAGCGGCAUUUGGUAAAGGCACUGACCAGCCCCCCGCGUGAGGACGCACCACUGCCACCAGCCCGCACACCCUCCGGCCGCAGCUGCAGGGGGCGGGAGAGGCUGGGCUGGGCAGUACACCACCUGAGGGGGCCACGGGACCCAGGGAGCCCUCCCCAUGUCUGACACGCGAUUCACUGUGCUUCGAGCCAACCCUAACAGGCACUUUGAGAUGUGUCCCUCCCGCUGCAGUCCUUUCCUGCCUUGGCCUCGGCAGGCUUUGGGGGGCCCGGGAAACCCACACUAUGCACAGAGCCCAAUGCAUAGAGCCCGGCCCAGCCCCUCCUCUUACACCCGCCUCCAUGCGCUGGCUUUGGGAAAGCCCAGACUUUAGUGCCCUGCCCCCUGGCUGACCCGCCAGCUGUCCGGAGCACUUUAGCAGAUGUGUGUUAGAGGAAAAGGACCCCCUCCCCCUGAGGAGGCCCCGCGGUCGCUUUUCCCAAGUCAGACAGGUGUUGGCUUCCCGGCCGUGCCCAGGGGGUCCCGUUUUUUUCCUGACUCCACGCUGGCCCCUGUGUGGGUGUGGUUGGGGCGCUCCGCACCCUCCGCCAGCUUCUUCCUCCCCCCCACCCCCACCCCACCCUCUGGGAGUCACAGGCCCGGAGGGGCUAGCUGGGUGGGGCACGGGGCUGGUGCCAGGCGCGUGUACAUGAUUUUGUUUUGCACGUUUGGUUUGCGCAGUGGUUUGGUUUGACUUGUUUGUGCAUCCUGUGAAAAAUAACGGUGCUUCGUGUCACUAGCAUAGCAUAGAAACAGGAGUAGAUGUGGACCUUAAGAGAUGCUGCACUCGACACCAACCAGACAGCCUAGGGCACAGACGAAGAGGGGGCGGUGAGGGGUUGGACUCACAGGCCCUUCUUCUCCCAACCUGGGGCCUUCCAGGCUGCCGAGGCCUUGUCCCAGGCCCUCCUCCCGUCCCCUCCCCUCUUGGUAUAUAGUUCCCUACAGUCUGAGAGGGUGCCCCGGGGACCGUCGGGGAGCGGAGUCACCUUUCCCAUCUCUGGCUCUGGUCACUCCCGGCCCUGACACCCCCACACCCCCAGCCAGCUUCCUGUAACCUCCCCCUGCUGGACGGAGGCCCGGCCGCUCUUCCUGCGUGAUUGGCAAGAGGCCUCGUGCCUGC